AUGAGCGUCAAUCAUACCGCCCUGACCCUCCGCUUCAAAUACGGCAAACACACCGUCCUCCUCCUCGCCGAACCUCUCACUCCCUUCGCAACCAUAAAAUCAGAUCUCCUUAAGGUCCUACACGAGCGAUAUCCAGAUGGAAUCCCCAGGAACGAUACAGGCGAGUCAAUUACGAUCCCAGCAGAUGUCACGGACGUGAUACUCGGCGUACCAAAUGAUGUCUAUGACAAUAGCAAGGGAUGGUCAGAAUUGAAUGCAGAUGCUGGGGGAGGAAUCAAAGAAACACCAAAGAGCAUGGGAUUGAAAGAGGGUAGCAUGCUUGCAUUCUCAUUUGUGCCGAGCACCGACGAAGAGACGCAGCCGGAGUUUUAUGUGGAAUUUAGCAAUGUGGAGGAGUUAUACCCUGAGGAGGAGUAA